AUGACCACAUCCGAAGAAACCACCCACCGCCAGCCCUUCCACAAGUUUUUUGACUGUUGGCUCCGGGAGCUAAAUACCAACCUUGAACAGCUCGUCUCCGCCGCCAACCUCCAUCAUGAUGAUAAUCAUCAUCAUAUCGAAGACGACUCAGGUUCAUUCUCGCUGAUUGAUAAAACUAUAGGACACUACGAGGAGUACUACAAAGCCAAAUCAAACGGCGCAAAAGAAGACGUGCUUUCGAUGUUUAUGCCUCCAUGGUUAACAACGCUCGAGGAUUCCUUUCUGUGGAUCGGUGGAUGGCGGCCGACGACGGCAGUCCACUUGCUGUACUCCAAGUCAGGGAUCCAGCUUGAGGCCAGACUCGCUGAUCUAGUUCCUGAAUUAAACUGCAUGGAUUUAGGAGAUUUGACUUCGAAUCAGAUGAAAGGAAUCGAUGAAUUACAGAAGAAAAUCAUCCGUGAAGAAAGAGUCAUAUCUGAGAAAAUGGCAAGUGUUCAGGAGUCAGCGGCAGAUACCCGCAUGGUGGAUCUAUCAAACAUGGAAUCAGAGAUGAUAAGAAAUAACGAAGACGAUGGGAGGAAGGAUAGUGAUGAAAAAGUGGAAUCGGAGCUGGAGGGAAAGAAUGAUAAAUUGGUAGAGAUGUUACGCAUGGCAGAUGGUCUGAGAAUGGAGACUUUGAAGUCCGUGGUGGAGAUACUGACGCCGUUACAAGCGGUGUACUUUCUAAUCGCUGCUGCGGAGCUCCACCUCCGGUUACACGACUGGGGCCAGAAGAAGGACGCGACUUAA